GAGCAGGAGCGGCUGACGGGGCAGAGUCCCUGGCACCUGGGGCACGGAGCAGGGGCAGAUAACGGGGCAGGGACUCAGGUGUCCCAGACGUGGAACGGGACAAGGACCCAGGCGUCUGGUAGCUCUGCCCUGCACCUUACUGCAGUUUUUGUCAUGGCUCUCAGACAGCCGAAAGCUGAGGCCUUCUGCCAGCAAGCACCCAUCUUCCUCGACUACCUGCGCAGCAUCCUGCAGAAGUACCCCGAUGGGGGGCAGAUCCUCAAGGGUGCUCCUACCUGGCCUGGCUGGGUUAUUCCUGCCCCCUAACCUGGAGCCUGCCCUGGACAAUCUCCUGCAGGACAUUGCCAAGGCGGGUCUCUUCCCCAACCUGGUUCUGCUGGACCCGGCCAUGACUGCCCGGACCCUGCACUCAGCUCUGCCUCCAACCUGGACAUCGCAGUCCUCAAGCCUGGUGACCUGGUGCCCAGCCCCAGGCCCCCCCCAGCCCCCAGCCCCAUGGCUUCCAGCCCUGUGGCUCUUCCUGGCCAACCACAUGGAAGACCUGGGCCCUGUGGAGGGGCUCCCCCUGGUUCCUCUGUCCCUACCGGGUGCCCCCAGAACCCGUCUGGCCCCACUGAUACCCCAGUCUGGCCUUAUCUUCCAGGUGUGGGAGGACCAGUGCCUGCCACCCACUGUGGCCCCCAUUCUGGAGGCCCUGGGCUGCCCCGUGGUGCCCCCAGGCAUAUGGCACCGCUCUCUGUCCCGCUACAUCCUGCCCCCAUCCCCCCUAAAUGCUCUGCGGGCCCUGGGCAUGCGGAGGGCUGAAGACGUGGCCUCCCGCCUGGCCUCACUGCCCGCUGCAGCUGUGGACACCCUCCGGCUCUACCUAGCAGAUGUCCCAUCCCUGGCAGAGCCAGAGAGAGCCAUACUGGCCACUCUGCCUCUCUUCAUCCCACUGCCCUGCCUGGCCACCCCACAGCCCACAGGGCUGCAGCCUGCCAGUGCCACCCCAGCACUGGAGCCAGAGCUGGAGCUGCCCAGAGAUGUAGUGCUGCCGAAGACUAUGUUGUGGUGCCGGGACGAAGCUGACCGGCAGCUCCUAGGGCGGCUCCAGAAAUCCUUUGUCAGUGCUGCCUAUGUGGCACUGGAGGGUAUCAGAGCUGUGGCCCAGGGUGCCUAUGCAGGGCGGGCAGCUGAGGCCCAGGGGCUGCUGUUUUGGGUGCUGCAGCAUGGAGAUACCCUCUUUGCACAGAGCCCCCCGCUCCAGCAGGCCUGCAGUAACCUGGCCUUCCUGGAGACCCCCAGUGGCCCUGUGCACCCACGGGACCUCUAUGACCCCUGUGAGAGUACCUUGCAAGUGCUGCUGGGCCCUGAACACUUCCCCCCUGCCUCCUUCUGCACUCCACUCAUUCUCCGUGCCUUGAGAGUCCUGGGCUUGCGGCAUGGCAAAGGUUGCCUGGUGCCUUCAGACAUCCUAGAGGCUGCAACAACUGUGAGUCAGGGUGGUGGGGCGGCUCUGGACAAGGCUAAGGCGCUGAUCAAAGUCUGCAAUCACCACAAGGCACUGGCUGGCUUCAGUGCAAUGGAGCUUAGGCAGCUCUGUGCUCUGCCAUGGGUACCCCGCUCAGAGUGCACUGGAAAGCCUGAGCAGCCCUUCCUGCCCCCAAAGGACCUGCGAUCCAUCAGGUACAUGUAUCUGGUGGGGCUUGCCAUGCCUCUAACGGGUGUCUUCACGCUAGAGGCCGAGGAGAAGCUGGGGCUGUGCCAGGCCCCACCACCAGAGAGGGUAUGGGAGCAGCUGAGAUGCCUGGCAGGGUGCAGGGACACAGAUAAGGUAGUUCCUGCACUCCGGGCUAUCUACCAGCACAUGCAGGAAGAUCUGGGGACCUUUGGGGCUGCCCCAGAGGGUGCUGUGGUGUGGACUGGGGCUGGGUUUGUCCUACCAGGUGAUGCUGUGCUGGGCUACCCUGAGGAGCUGGACCUGGAGGCACUAGUGCCCCGGGUGCCCCCCGACUUCCUGCCCUACAGCUGCCUGUUCAGGGCUUGGGGAGUGGAGGCAAGGGUGAGUGAGGAGAGGGUGGUCACAGCCCUGCGCUGCCUGGGGCAGACCAUAGAUGCCCGCAGCUCUGGUUCUGGUACAGAGGCAGAGUUGAAGGUGGCUGUGGCUGUCCUGGAGUGGCUCAAGAACCAGGGCCACCGGGCUGAAGGCAUGGUGCCGGUGCCAGUGAGGGUCCCGGAGGGCUCUGGCUUCACCCUUCGUCCAGCUGCCUCUGCUGUGUACCUGGAUAUGGAGCUGGAGGCAGAGGAAGACAUGCAGGAGGUGGUGCACGAGGCAGUGCAAUGCAGCACAGCUGCAUUCCUUGGCACAGAGCUGCUCAGCACCCGGGUGCUGGGGCCAGAGCCGUUCACAGCCUGCGGACCUUCAGAGCCCAUCACCUUGCGGCUCCGCAACAUCCUCCAGGAGUAUUGUGAGGAAGGUGACCUUUUCACAGAGAUGGUUCAGAACGCAGAGGAUGCUGGAGCCACUGACUGCCGCUUCCUCCUGGACCUCCGACAGUGCAGAAAGGCCAUCACUGGGCUGCUAGACCCAGGCAUGGCUGCCUGCCAUGGCCCAGCCCUCUGGGCCUACAACAAUGCCCUGUUCACAGAGGAUGACCUCCGUAACAUCACUCGGGUCGGGGCGGCUACGAAGAAGCACCAGUCAGGCCGGAUUGGACGCUUUGGGCUGGGCUUCAACUGUGUCUACCGCAUCACAGAUGUGCCAGCUGUGUUGAGUGGGGCCACACUGCUCAUCUUCGACCCCAAUGGCACCCAUCUGGGCAACCACAUCCCCAAGACCGGCUGCCCUGGCAUCCGCCUAGACUUCUCCACUCGGCCCCGCAUCCUCCGUGCCUUCGCUGAGCAGUUCCGGCCCUACCAAGGUAUCUUUGGGUGCCAUCUGCCUGAACCAGGAGCCUUUCCAGGGACCCUUUUCCGCCUGCCUUUCCGCACCGAAGAGGAAGCUGUGACAUCACAGAUCUGCUCAGAGGCCUUUGGCACAGAGCGUAUCCGGUCCCUUGGCACUAGCUUCAUUGGCUCUAGCCGGCUCCUUCUGCUUUUCCUGCGGCGAGUGAAGGAGAUAUCCCUGGAGAUGCUGCCAGAUAUGGCCACCUCACCUGAGGAUGCUGUGUCUCUGGCCAUACUGCAGCGAAAGGAGAUCCGAGACUUGGGGGCCCCUGGGGAUCCCCCGAGCUGGGCAGCCAUUGAGCAGCUCACAGCCCAUGAGAAGACCUCCAAGACCACCUGGCACUACCUAGUUCUGGUGUGCCAGGGGGAUGGGGAGUCCCUGGAGCUGUUUCACCAGAGGACACAGGCAGGGCUCCAUAAUCUGCCCCCCAUGGCUGGUGUGGCUCUUCCCCUUGCCCUCACUGCAGAUGGCAAAUGGGUGCCGCGCAUGGGUGCUGAGGAAGGACAGGUCUUCUGCCACCUGCCCAUGCCAGUGGCCUCAGGGCUGCCCAUCCAUGUGCAUGGGGCCUUCAGCAUCCUCUCAAACCGUAAAGGGCUGUGGGACACGGCAGAGCAGGGCGAGUGGAACCGGGCACUGCUCCGGGAUGCCGUGCCGGCUGCUUGGCUUCGGGCACUGGCCCACCUCCGCACCCUGCAAGAGGCAGGUGAAUUGAAGAGCUAUGAGUAUCAUGUCUUCUGGCCAGACAUCAGCGCUGCCCGGUUCCCCUUUACUGAGGCAGUGGCUUGUUUCUACCAAGUUGUGGCAGCCAGGAAUGGCCCCAGGCUCUUCUCUGAUGGCUGCUCAUGGUGCCCACUGCAGGAUGCCCGCUUCCUGCACCGAGCUGUGGCCAGACACCCCAAGCUGGGGGCCGUGGCAGAACGUGUCUUCGCCACCACCUUGUCUCGUCCCCUGUUGGCUGUGGCCUUGCCAGAGCGGGUACAGAGGGGCCUUGGGAAAGCGGUGGCUGCUGGCACCUAUGACUGGCCUCGGUUUUACUGUGAGCUUGUGCUGCCCAACUUGGAAGACCUCUCCGUGGCUGACCGGGACCCACUGCUUCUCCACGCCAUGACGUUGUGUACAAGGAGACUGGGUCGGCUGGAGCAGCUGGGCAUGGUUCGGGACUUGUUGGCCCUGCCAGAGCUGCUGGAGCAGGCAAAGACAGUGAAGCAUAUCUGGACUCAGGACCAUGCCCAGGGAUGCCGGAAGGCUGCCUGCAUCCUUGAACUGCUUCAGGAUGCAGUGGAGCAGGGGGUGAACAACAUCAUGCAGGCUGCUUUCCGGACUGUGCCAUUCCUGCCUGGGACACUGCCCACUGGUGAACAUGUCCUGCUCCCAGCUGCCCAGCUCUACCAUCACCUCCAUGCCCCACUAGUGGGGCUCAUCCACCCUGUCUUGGCUCAUAAAGUGCUGGGAAAGGACUUCAGCCUCUCUGAAGAGAGCCUCCAGGACACCACCCACUGCUGCUAUGCUUACCUGGAUACGCUGCUCAAGAGAGAGCACACCAGCUGGGGCGAGGUGGCUGCUGCAGUGGCCCAAGGGGAGCCCUUCAUCUUGGUGGACUCCCACUUCGUGCCAGCCACAGCUGUGGCAGAGACUCUGCCAUUUGAGGCUGUCCCAUAUCUUUACCAGCUUCCGGCGCAGUACCGGCCCUACAGCCAACUCUGGGAGUGUGUGGGGCUGCGCCACACAUUCACCUGGAGCGAUUAUGCCCGGGUGCUUCGCAUCCUGGCUGAGAAGCAUGCUGGAGAGCCCCUGCCUGCCCCAGAGCUGGCCCUGGCCUUGCGGCUGAUAUCCUGUGGCUUGAUGACAGAUGGUGAAGAGCCAGAUGCCUAUCAGACCCAGCAACUCUUUCUGCCUGACCAUGAGGGUAUUUUGCGUCCGCGGGACAAACUCCACUUCAAUGACACGCCGUGGCUGCCAGUGGGCAAAGGGGCCAUGCUAUGCCAUGAACAGCUGGCCUGGGCCACAGCCCUGCGCUGCGGGGUGCCUACCACACGUCAUCAGGCACUGGAGAAGAGCCGGCUGCUGACGGCAAAUCUGAGUCUCUGGGCACAGCCAUUCGGAGCCCGUGAAGACCUGCCCACACGGCUGAAGAACAUCUUGGGCGAGUACCCAGCAUCCACUCGUGAUGUGGUGAUGGAGCUGCUCCAGAACGCGGAUGAUGCUGGUGCAGGGACUGUGCACUUCGUGUGGGAUCGCCGGCAGCACCCAGUGGAUGCCACCUUCAGUGAGGCCUGGAACACUCUGCAAGGCCCUGCGCUCUGCAUCUACAAUGACAGUCCCCUCCAGCAGCAAGACAUUGAAGGCAUCCAACGUCUGGGGGUGGGUGGCAAGCAGGGCCGGCAGGAUGUUACAGGCAAAUUUGGCCUUGGCUUCAACACUGUCUUCCACCUUACCGACUGCCCAGCCUUCCUUACUGGAGACAGCGCCCUGUGUGUCUUUGAUCCCCACCUCACCUACGUGCCUGGAGCCACAACUGAGAGCCCUGGCGGGAUGUUUGCUGUCAACCCUGAAUUUAAGAGGACCUUCCCAGAUGUCUAUGGCACCUUCCUGCCCUCCCUCUUUGACCUGAGCCAGGGUGUCCUUUUUCGGCUGCCCCUCCGCACUGCAGCUGGGGCUACCAGCUCCAAGGUGUCUGGCAUGGUUGUGCGGGACCAAGACCUUGUGGCCAUGCAGACAACACUAGUUGAGGAAGGUGGUGACUUGGUACUUUUCCUCCGGCACCUGCACACUGUGAUCUUCUCCGAGAUCCCCAUGGAUGGGGGACCAUUGGUCAAGAGGCUACAGGUGGCCAUAGAGCUGGCAGAGGAAGAUGCAGAGCUGAGACGGGGUUUCCAAGCCAGACUGAGCCAUGCUGUGGAUGGCGAUGGCCCCAUCUCUGUAUCCUACAUCAUGAAGGUCAAAACAAGCAAGGCCACGGCCAGUACUGUCUGGAGGGUGACUGCCCAAAUUGGGGUGCAGAAGGGGGCUGAGGAGUCUCCUGUGCCUGGGCGGAUGCCGUAUGGAGCUGUGGCCGCCUGCCUGAAGCCACUGGCCUUGGAAAAUCCCAUGGGCAAAGCUUUCUGCACCCUCCCACUGCCACUGACCACAGGGCUGCCUGUGCACAUUAAUGCCAACUUCUCUGUGGAUGCAGCCCGACGUGGCUUCCACCAGGACCCGGGCAGCACUGAAGCAGCCUGGAAUGGCUUCUUGCUCCGGUGCUUGGUGGCCCCAGUCUACUGUACCUUCCUCACCAAGCAGUGGAGAGCCCUGGGGCCUGAACAGCUCCAGUUCAGCUCCUUGAAUGUCUGCCAGCAGCACCUGACUCCCUGCUACCUCCGGUUCUUCCCUGCUGUGACAAACAGUGUGCCACCUACCUGGCAUGAGCUGGUGAGGGACAUCUACAGGCACCUCAGCCACACACGCCUGCCCUUGGUGCCCGUAUGCCAUGUGAAGCUACCUGACACAAUGGUAACAAUGGCCUGGGCAUCUCCAGGUGGCAGGGAUGCACUGACAGAACCAUAUUUCCUUGAGAGGGAGCCUGAGUCACCUCUCCGGGAUGUGCUGCAGCACUUGGACAUGAACUUGGUGCCAGCAUUCGCUCACCUGUGGCAGAUCUACCAGGAGCUUAGGGCAGCUGGUGUGGCAGCUGUGGCUUUGCAGCCAGCUUCUCUCCGGUGCUUCCUCAAGGCCCUGGCACUCCCUUUGCCUUGCCUGCUUGCCGAGACACCCCUGAGGACCCCGAAAAGCUGCUCCAUCCUGCUGCAACACUGCCUGGAGCCCACAGAGGACGUCAGGACAGAGCUGGAGGGUCUACCCUUGCUGGCCAUGCAAGAUGGCUGUCUACGUGCUCUCAGCACACACCAGCCAGUCUUAUGCAGCUCCUUUGCCUACCUCUUUCCCCACCACAGCCACAGCUUUGCCAACAGCCUUGUGGCUGUCAUGGCCCCGCCUGGCUUUGUGCAGGACCUUGGCCUCCCAGAGGCCACGCCACUCAUCCAGGAGGCACUAGGACAGCUGGACUGGACCACAGAGGGGCAGAAGUGGCUGAAGGGGCUAUGGGAUUUCUUUGACGCUGUGAUCUACAAGGCCACACAGGCCAACAAGGAGAAGUUGGAGGCAGCCAUGAACGCAUUCAUAGACCAUCUCCAAGAUGCAGUGUUGCUGCCUGUGCAAAGACAUGACAAAGACUCAAAGUGCACUUUGGUGCCACUGUCCUCCCUCCCCAAUGUUCUCUAUGAUUGUGACAGGGAUGUAGCCAAGGUACUGCACAAGCUGGGCAUCCCUGUGCUCCAGAAAUUUCUGCUGCCCUUUCACUUUGCUUACCACUGCCUCAAGCCACGGGCCCUGCAGGCCACGAAGCCCACGGCUGUGCUGGCCUGGCUGGCAAACACCGUUGCUGAUCUCUGCUGGAGGGACCUAGAAGCAUUCGAGGUGACUGUCCUGCUGCGCUUCUUCACUCAGGAGAGGCUGGACUGGCAGGCACUGGAGCAUCUCCGGCACCUGCCUCUAUUCCAGAACCAUAGUGGAGACCACGUGGCUGUGGCACCCUACCGCAAGGUGAUGAUGUUCAACAGCCAGUUCCCAAAAAUGCCUCCAGGUGCCCAAGCCCUGUACAGCCUGGAAAAGGACAUGUUGUUGCUCAAAGAAGACCUGAUCCACCAGCAGCUUGCCAGGCAUUUAGGAUGGGAGGCCACAGAUGACCGGCAGCUUUUCAUGACUGUGGUGCUUCCCCGGCUGCCCCAGCUCACAGCGCUAGAGCUUGUGAAUGCUGUGCAGCUGUUCUUAACCUUGCAACACGCCUAUGAGGGUGAAUUCGGGCAGGAUGCCGUGGCAGCCUUUCAGACUGUGGCCUUCAUACCUGAUUCCCAUGGCACGCUGCACCAGGCAUCCUACUUCUAUGAUAACAGUCCUUCCCUCUGCACGCUACAGCUCCAGCACCGCUUUGUGCCUGAGUUCUUCUUCAAGGCGCUGGGUGCCAACCAGGCAGCUGCUAGGACCUUCAUGCUCCAGGCAGGUGUCCGCACCAGCCUCUCUGCAGAAGACUUUGUGGUACUGGCCCUGGAGAUAGAGCGUGAAGCCUCCCAGACCGAGGGCCGUGCUGAAGAACUGCCCCAGCGACAAGAGGAGAUGUUCAAACAACUUGUCAUCCUGUUAGACACCCCGUUGCCAAAGGGUUUCCUGGAGCAAAUUGCCUCCAUCCACUUCCUGUCUCCACUGGCAGUGCCCCAAUGCUUGAGGGAGCUCCACCCUCCCUUUGCAGCCUGCACACAGCCUGUGACCCUGAAGGGCAGUGUUUACUAUGACUUCCAAGAUGUGGCUGAGCUCCUGUGGACAUCAGCCACUAUCCUGCCAUUGUCUGACAUACCUGAGAAGAAGCUGGGCCUCCUGAAGGCUAUAGGAGUCCUUGUGGAGAUACCCACUGCCCUGGUGGUGGCCAACCUGGAGCAGGUGUGCAGAGCAGCCUGCUGGACACCAGAGCAGAUGGACACACGGACCAAGGUUCUCCAGAAGAUGUACAACUUCUUGCAGAGCCGGCUGAAGGAGGUGGAUGCAGGGCGGCUCGCUGAGCUGCCUGUGGUGCUGACCAAGAUGGGGGGCAUGGCCACACCACAGCAAGUGGUAACAUCACUCCCAGAUGAGGUUGACUUUCAUCCCUAUCUCCUCGUGCCUGACCCCCUCAUGGCCUUCUACAGAGACCUUCUGAAGCACCUUGGGGUGGCCCCAUGCCCCACACUGGCCCACUACAGCCAUGUCUUGGCCCAAAUCUACCAGGACAGCCAAGCCAAGGGGACCCUCCAUGCCAUUCAGAAGAAAACAGUCCUGCUGGCCACAUGGCACCUCUUCCAGCUGCUACAGGAGACACCAGUGCCCCCUGAUUUUUCUGCUGUGCCUGAGUUGUACUUGCUGAGCACUGCUGACUGCCUAGAGCCAUCCCACAAGCUCUUCUUCAAUGACUGUGUGUCCUCAAGAACCUACUGGGCUUUGAGGAAGACCUUUGUUUUCAUGGCUGAACUGCCCAGGACUGGGUUCAACUGGCACCUCCUGCAAAAGUUGCCCCAGCGCCUGCGGCCACGGGCACUCUCAGAGGUGCUGGAGCAACGACUGGAGGAGGGCAGCCUGCAGCCAUGCCGCUACGGUCCCCACUGCCAGGAACAGAAGCGUCUACAGACCCUCCUGGUAUCCCCAUGGUUCAGGAUGGGACUGGAGGCCCUGCUCCAGUGGCAGAGCCACAGGGGGAUGAUGAGAAUGGAGGAGUCCAGUGGCUUUACAGUAGAACAGUUGGAAGUGCAGUGCUGUGAGGACAUCCGCACUGUGCUGGUCCAUUGUGGUGCAAAGGUGGAGGGCAGCUCCCAGUCACGGGCCGUCCAUGUGUGCCUGGCUGGUGGUGCCCGGCGGCUUAUCUACCUGCGGCAUGCAGAGACGAGGCUGGACCGGCACCAUCUGAGGGCCCUGGAGAUGCUAGUGCAGGUGAUUAAUGAACUUCUGGGAGGGCAGCUGGCGGCACCUGCCUUGUCUGUGCUGCGGGAGAUGCUGGUGUGCCAGGAGCCUCAGGAUGUGGCCAGUGUCCUGGAGGAGAAUGAUGUGGCACUGGCAGAUGCUGCACCAGAGCCAUAGGAGGCCAUGGUGCUGGAGCCAGGGCCAGGGCUGGAGGGAGAGACCGCAGAAGGCUAUGGGGCCAGAGAAAGAGGGAAAGCCACAGCAGGACUGGCAUAGCCCAACACUGGAGGAGAUGAAGGGUGAUGUGGAUCAGAGCCUGGCAGUCUUGUGGCAGCUGCCUGCUGUGAAGUGGAUGAAGGCAUUGCUGUACCUCUGCCUCCAGUACUGCCCAUAGAGGAACCCAGAGCAGCCUGAGUAGUUGCUAUAUAGAAGUGUUUGGAGGAACCUGCUGCUGCAGCAGAAAGGAUUCCUGUGAGGGGACACUUCUCUGAAAGGCCUGUUGCUAUACACUGGGCAUGGUGUACAGGAAAGCCCUUCUCUCCCUCUCUCCUUUAAUUUUAAUUUUUUUUUCCCCAAACACGCCUUUUCCCUGUUACAGUCAAUGUCUGGCAUCAGCUAUGGACACUGCAAAUAAAUCUUGGAGUAUGUUUCGAUAUCCAGAUGCUUACCGGCUCUGCCCAUGGUAUCUAGGAAAAAUGCUCAUUUUUGAAAGAGUGGGAGCCUUUCUCCAAUCUCGGUCCAUUCUUCUAACAGAAAACGUGGCUACUGUAAGUCAAAUGUUUCUGUAGGUGUUUUUGAAAUCAACUCUUGACAGCAAAAAAAUGUUCCUUCCUGCCCCAAGCAAAAGCUCAAUUCCCAGUAUCUUUUUUUCAUACCAUCUCUCCCCUCCUCCUCCUUCCAGAUAGAGGAACUGUUUCACCCAUGAUCUAUUAUGACAAAUACAUCGUAAUUUUGAGUGUUUAUAGGCUUUUGUUUACCAAUUUGCCUGGUCAAAUCUUGGGCAAAGGGAAGGUACCUUGGGCAAGGUACCACCAUCCAACAGACAAAAACUCCCUACUUGUGGGAAAUCUUGAUCACAUAGUUUAAUACAAAUCAGUCUCCAGAUAUUAUGGUGAGGAGGACAAGAUGAAAACUUAUAUGGAAGGAAAUAAAAUUGUCUUCCUCUUACAUCUGAGUUACCCCGCUCAAGAGGCUGAAAGAUGGUUUUGUUCAGUCUGGAGAAGUGAGGGCUGCAGGGUGAAUCUUUCUUCCUGUCCUCAGCUACCUUAUGGGUGAUUACACGGUUACAGAGAAGAUGGAACUGGACUCUUCUCUGAGGUGCACAGCAAAAGGCCCUCAGGCAACAGACACAAGUUGCAUCAAGUAAAAUCCCAACUGGAUAUUGGGGGGAAAAAAAUCAUACUGAAGAGAUCAAACAUCAGAACAGAGGUCCAGAAAAGAUCUGGGGAAUCUCUUUCUUGGAGCUAUUGAAAGCUCACCUGCACAUGGCCCUGAGAAACUGGAUGUAACAUCAAAACUAGCAGGGGUUGGACCACAGACCUCCAGAUGACCUUACUGACCUAUACUAUUCUGUGAGUCCACACUCUCCCCUUACAACCCCAUUAUCAAUGUCUGUUAUUCUAGUGCUGUUUACACUCAGCCUCUCUAGCAAUGAUUCCUGGGGGCUCAGCAUGAGUAAAAUAAAAGAAAGUCAGCUAAACCACGGCACCAGAUUUUGGCUUUGCUGGUAACAACUACACAUUAUGACUCCCUUUAGGUUCCCAUCACACUCAGCUCUUCCUCAGCUUUUAUUGUCAGCAGUAUUGCACUACUGUUCUGAAAGGCAACUCUAGGCUAAUAUUGCCUCAUGCUGUAAUCAUAGUCUACCUGAUAACCAAAGGAUGACAAAGGACUGUGUGCACAAAGAAUUGCAAAACCCCAGGAAGGAAAAUGCACUGAAGGAUAACAAGGUGAUACUGGGCUGAUGAGUCUAGACAGUGCUUACAUGACUUAACAAAUAAAAUGGGACUGAUCUGACUGGGGAAUUUCCUGAGCUGGUCAGGUGAUUGAGUUGCUUGCCUGAAGAAACCAUGCUCUGGUUCCUGCAAACUUGCCUGGUAUCUAUGGUUUUGUAAGUAGCUGUGCACCUACCUUAGCUCACUAUUACUGGAUAGCUGGGUUUAUUGUCGUUUCGACUGGAAUCAUCAUCACAGAAUCACAGAAUGGUUGAGGUUGGAAGGGACCUCUGGAGAUCAUCUAGUCCAACUCCCCUGCUCAAGCAGGUUCACCUAGACCAUGUUGUCCAGAAUUGUGUCCAGGCAGCUUUUGAAUAUCUCCAAGGAACAACACUCCACAACCUCUCUGGGCAGCCUCUUCCA